AUGGCUGUGUUGAUCACAUCGAGUAUCAUCCAGUACGACUUCGCUAUAACGCUGCUUGGACAAUGCGCCGAUUCACCUCUCGGCGCUGAAGAAUGUCCUCAGGUCGAAUCGUUAUGGCAGUAG